AUGUCGAUGUAUUUCCGUGGAUUGUUGUUCUUCUUCGCUAUCUUCUCCGUCCUGCUUCAGUUUUCCACUUCCCUGAUCAGUUCCUCUGGCGCCUUCGUCAAUCCUUCCAAAGUUAAGCAAGUUUCAUCGAAACCCAGGGCAUUUGUAUAUGAAGGGUUUCUCACGGAAUUGGAAUGUGACCAUAUGGUCUCUCUUGCUAAAGCAUCCUUGAAGAGAUCUGCUGUAGCUGAUAACGAUAGUGGAGAGAGCAAAUUCAGCGAAGUCCGUACCAGCUCUGGCACUUUUAUCUCCAAAGCAAAGGACCCCAUUGUUUCUGGUAUAGAAGACAAGAUCUCCACUUGGACAUUUCUUCCAAAAGAAAACGGGGAAGACAUGCAGGUAUUGAGAUACGAGCACGGCCAAAAAUACGACGCUCACUUUGACUACUUCCAUGACAAAGUCAACAUUGUCCGUGGUGGACACCGCAUCGCAACGGUUCUCAUGUAUCUAUCCAAUGUCACAAAAGGUGGAGAAACCGUAUUCCCCGAAGCAGAGGUACCUUCUCGGCGAGUACUCUCUGAAACCCAAGAAGACCUUUCUGAUUGUGCCAAGAGAGGAAUCGCUGUGAAACCAAAGAAAGGGGAUGCUUUGUUGUUCUUCAACCUCCACCCAGACGCAAUCCCGGACCCGUUGAGCCUUCACGGUGGAUGUCCUGUGAUAGAAGGAGAGAAAUGGUCGGCGACCAAGUGGAUCCACGUGGACUCAUUCGAUAAGAUUGUGUUGCCGGGAGGAAACUGCACGGAUUUGAACGAGAGCUGUGAGAGAUGGGCAGUGCUUGGGGAAUGCACAAAGAAUCCAGAGUACAUGGUUGGUACUGCUGCGCUUCCUGGCUAUUGCAGGCGAAGCUGUAAGGCUUGUUAA